GAAAAAAAAAUAUGGAAGGAAAAGUUGUUAUUAGAACAACAAUAUUGAUGAUUAUGGCAAACUUAAUUUUCGCGGUGAAUAAUAAUCCCGUAAACUCGAUAAAGGAGGCGUCGUAUAGCGAAUGCUACGUGAAAUGUACUACAAUCGAACAUCACUGUUAUACUGAUCCACCUAAUUAUAGAUGUAUAGUUAAUUGCCAACAGGCUUGUAUUGCUUCUGAACCAAAUUCGAAAAAUCAGAGGCUUUCAUCUUUGACGUCGUUUUGCCUUGUUGGAUGUUCGGUCACUAAAUGUUCCAAAAUCACAGAGAGCGAUCAAUUGAAGAGUUGCAUGGCAGAUUGCUCCGACAUCUAUUGCAAGAUUUGAUGGCCUCACACUCCUAUUGAUUAUAAUGGUUAAUGUUAUAAAUAAUAUCAUUAGAGUAUAUUAUAUUAUAAUAAUUCUUGUAAUAUAAGGAUUCUAUUAUGAUUCGGUUAGCUAGAUUAGUUAGCAUUUAGUUACCUAGUCAAACUCUAUUACCUUGCAAUAUUUCUUUAUAUAUAUUCCAUGUAAUCAAC